AUGGUGAAUUACUCAAUGAAACCGCCUCGAAUAGAAGACGGCACGCUGUGCAUGCUCGGCGCUCGCACGCACAGCAGCUGCACGCUGCACCUGCCUCCCACCGCACCCAUCGCACCCUCUUCCUUAGACUCGCGGAUUCCGUAUCAGCAGCAGCAACAGCAGCAGAAUGGGGGUGAAUCUCAGCAACCGGAGCAUCUAGAUCAGUCAGUUUUAGGGUCGGGAGGGUCCACGUGGCCGGUCGUCCGCUCCGGCUUUAGCGCGGAUAAAGGCGGCCGGCAGAGGAUGGAGGACGCCCACGUGGCGGUAGAUGAUUUGUCACAGGCUAUCGGUGACGUGGCUGUUGCGCAUCCGCGAGCUUUUUACGGGAUCUUCGACGGUCACGGCGGCGACGCGGCGGCGCAGUUCGCGCGGCAGAAGCUGCUGGGCCACGUGCUGCGCGACGCGGCGUUCCCGCUGCACGUGGGCAGCGCGCUCAGAAACGCGUUCCUGCGCACGGACCGCGAGUUGGAGACGGCGCGCACGGCGGACGGGCACGCCAUGGACUCGGGGACCACCGCGCUGGCCGUGCUGCUGCUGGGCAGGGGGUAUUUGUUAAUGACGCUGCGUCUCACCUACGAUCCCCAUCCCAACAUCCCCUCGUCCCUAUCACCUCGCCUCUCGUCCCCUCAUCCUCCCAUCCCCCCAUCCCCUUUCGACCCAAUUACCCCGUCACCCCAUUCCCCCAUCAUCUCAUCGCCUCUUCACCACAACCCCCUCAACCUCGGCAGGUCGCUGUACGUGGCAAACGCGGGGGACUGCAGGGCGGUGCUGUGCCGGCGGGGGCAGGCGGUGGAGCUGUCACGGGACCACCGCGCUGUGUGCCAGCACGAGCGCGCGCGCGUGGAGCGGGCGGGCGGGUGGGUGGUGGACGACUACUUGAACGACCAGCUGGCCGUCACCAGGGCGCUGGGCGACUGGCACAUUGAGGGUCUCAAAACCCGCCGUUCCUCUGCAGCCGCUGCAGCUGAUUCGGCCGGUGCGACUGGUGCUACAGAUGCUGCUACAAGUGGUGCUACAAGUGGUGCUACAGGUGGUGCUACAGGUUGUGCUACAGAUGUUGCUACGGAUACGGCAGGUGGCAGUCAUGCUGCAGGCAGCAGUGAAGCGGAUGCUGCUGUGAGAAGAGCCAGUGGCACCACCUGUACAGGCCCUGCUGCAGAAAUGGCAUCAUUACCAUCCCCUGGGAGCGACAGCGACAGUGACAUUAUAGAGGGGCCGCUUAUUGCGGAUCCGGAGGUGCACGAGGCGCAUCUGUCGAAUCCCGAGGACGAGUUUCUGGUGCUGGCGUGUGACGGGCUGUGGGACGCAUUCAACAAUGAGGGCGGUGGCAGCAAGGAGGUGGUGGCGUUCGCCCGCAGGCGGCUCAGACUGCACAACGACCCCCAGCAGUGCUCCAAGGAUCUAGUGGAGGAAGCGAUUCGGCGGCACGCGUGUGACAACGUGACGGUGCUGACGGUGUGCUUCUCACCCGACCCGCCACCUCUUCUGCAGCACCACGAGCUGCUGCACUCGCAGCUUCCUCGCAGCUUCUCGGAGUACAGCCUCAGAUGCCUCAACUGA